CUCAAAAGUCUAACACCUCAUCACCUUUACAAAUUUACCUAGUACACCCACCUACCCUUUAAUUUCACGUCCAUACUUCAAACAAAAUUUUGUAAUGGCUCUGUAUCCCUUUGUUUGUUGUCUUAUUGUCAUAAUUGUAUCCCAAGCCAAAGCCAUAUUUGAAUGUGAUAAUAACAGAGGAAACUACACAGUCAAUAGCACCUACGACAACAACCUUAAAACCCUUCUAUACAGUUUCUCUUCCCACACAGAAAUUAACUACGGUUUUUACAAUUUCUCAUAUGGCCAACACCCAGACAAAAUAAAGGCCAUUGGGUUGUGUCGCGGAGAUCUUGAGCCAAAUCAGUGUCGUAGAAACCUAAACAAUUCCAUUGCCUAUCUUAGAGCAAAGUGUCCAAAUCAAAAAGAGGCCAUUUUGUGGGGUGAUGAUGUCACUUUAAGGUACACAUAUCGUUCAAUACUUGGGAGCUUGGAAACUGAUCCUACACGAUAUUUUAGUAAUACAAUGUCUACAACUGAAGCGGACAAGUACAUUGAACCACUUAGUUUUGUGAUGAGAAAUCUAACAGACAAAGCUGCAUCUGGCGACUCUCGUCGCAAAUAUGAGGCAGAUGGUGUGAAUACUACAGAUUUUAGCACCAUAUACGGUCUUGUUCAAUGCAUGCCUGAUUUGUCUUCGCAACAAUGCUCUAACUGCUUAUAUACGGCUAUCUCAGAAAUUGAUCCUGAUCCAUUCAAUAGAUAUUAUAUGGGAUUAGGAGGAGAAGUUGUUAAACCAAGUUGUCGCUUAAGAUUUGAUACUUAUCGCUUCUACAAUUCAACAAUUGAGUUAGAGUCACUGUCGCUACAACCUUCACCGUCUCUACCACCUUCGGCAGUCACCAAUAAUACCUCUUUAGGACACAGCAAAAUAGGAAUUGUCAUCGCCACCACAGUGCCCGUUGUUACUGUGGUUUUGGUACUCAUUUUUAUUUGCUUCUAUAGAUUGAGAAAGCCAAAACUAAAUUUUGAAGCCAAUAUGGGAAAAUAUGAUGAUGGAGGUGAAGAGGAUAUGACGAUCGUUGAGUCAUUGCAAUUUAACUUUGAUAUCAUACAAGUUGCUACGAGUGAUUUCUCUAAUUCUAAUAAACUUGGACAAGGUGGAUUUGGAAUUGUUUAUCGGGGUAAACUGCUUAAUGGGCAUAUGAUUGCUGUGAAAAGGUUGUCAACAAAUUCUGACCAAGGAGAUGUUGAGUUUAAAAAUGAAGUACUUUUAGUAGCCAAACUUCAACAUCGAAAUCUAGUUAGGCUACUUGGUUUCUGUCUAGAAGGGAGAGAAAGACUACUUAUUUAUGAAUUUGUUUCAAAUAAAAGUCUUGAUUACUUCAUAUUUGAUCCGACAAGGAAAACACAAUUGAAUUGGCAAACGCGCUACAAUAUCAUAAAAGGUAUUGCUCGAGGUCUUCUUUAUCUUCACGAGGAUUCUCGCUUGCGCAUUAUACACCGUGAUCUCAAAGCAAGCAAUAUUCUUUUAGACGAAGAGAUGAAUCCUAAGAUAUCCGAUUUUGGAUUGGCAAGACGAUUUGUUAUCGGUCAAACUGAAGGAAGUACAAAUAGAAUCGUUGGAACCUAUGGAUAUAUGGCACCUGAGUAUGCGAUGCAUGGAGAAUUUUCGGUAAAAUCAGAUGUCUAUAGUUUUGGAGUAUUACUUCUUGAGAUUAUAAGUGGUCAUAAAAAUAGUGCAAACAUUUUUCAUGGGGAGGAUAUGGAGUAUCUAUUGAGCUAUGCAUGGAGAAGCUGGAUAGAGGGGAGAGCUACUGAUAUUAUAGAUCCAUCAUUAAAAAACAUUUCACAAAAUGAAAUCUUGAGAUGCAUCCACAUUGGUUUACUCUGCAUUCAAGAAAACUUGAUUGAUAGACCAACCAUGGCUUCUGUUGCAGUCAUGCUUAAUAGUUAUUCUCUUGCUCUCUCAAUACCUUCGAAACCUGCGUAUUUUAUAGGAAGUGGAACUAGAAUGCUACCGGACAUGCAGCUACAUGUUGAUAACGUAGGUGCAACGAGAUUGAAUGAAUCGAUGAACCAAGUCUCAAUUACUGAUCCAUACCCUCGGUAGAUUUAGAUCAUAAGUUUUUCUCUCUUUCUUUUUUUCCUUUUUUAUAUAAAAAAACAGAUCGUGGGGUUAUAUACUCUUUUAUAAUAAAUUUUAGAUAUCUUGACUUUGUUGUCGAUUGUGAAAUUUAAUUUGUAUUGAUCUCAUCAAGGUCUAUAUGAACUAUUGUUAGAACCACACAAUUUACUUUUGGAACCGCACCUUAAACUUGUAGGUCAAUAUUCUUCGUGUAAAAACAUCAAUUCAGUCUCCAUGCAUCACAGAGAAUCAAAACACCAUAAUUCAAACAAAGAA